AUCUUUUUCGCUCUCUCUCUUCUUCUCUGCUCAUCGAUAUUCGUUGUCACCAACAGUCAACGCAUUACCGCGACACUCGACGUCAGCACGACCGCACGACCCUCUCACCUCCACAAUAUCGACCUUUCCUCCACGCGGCGGUGCCUGUUGUUCUAGAACAAAGCUCAGACUCGAUCACACACGUCCCUGGUGCUGCCCACUGCGCAGUCGAAAUCUAAUAUGAAAAAGAAGGCCCUACGUUCGUCAUACCAGCACAGUCCAUUUUGUCUGGAGAGAUAAACAAAUCACUCUCCAGAGAGUCCAGCUCUCAUGGAGCCACCUCCACCCCCGCCGCCGCCUCAUGGCUCCAACCCACAAGGUGGCGGCAGGACAGGUGGUCUCCCUGACGGCAAGUAUGACAUUUUUGUCGUCCCUCCAAACUCCGCAGGCUCGGGCUUCCUCUAUCUGCCAUCAUUGCAAACACAACGCAAUAGCUUCCUGGCCGGAGUCUUCUGUACGGCCGCCACGUUCUUCGUCUACACGACUGCUGUACCUGUCGUCAAGAGAUGGCUUUACGACACAGUCAAUGGUGGAGGAGGAGGAGUUUUCAUGCUCAUCUGCGGUGUUGCAGUUGUUGCUUGGGCGUUCGGUAAGACACAGAAUGAAUGGGCGCAGGCCGGACCCUCCAGUCGAGCUGGCUCCAGCUCGGGCACCGGAGGACAAACAGGUGGAGCUCACGGGGGAUUCGGCGGUGCUGGAACAUAUCCUCACAGUCAAUCUGGACCUCAUCCGAAUGCACAUUCGCCGCCCCCUCCUCAGUCAUCGUGGCAGAGACCACAGCCACAGGCUAACACUAAAGCCAACACGACGAAUGCAAAAUCUAGCUGGGAAAAGGCCAGAGAAGAGACGAGAAAGAAAGAAGAAGAGCGGAAACGGGCGGAAGAGCUGAAAAAGCGUAGAGAAGAGCUGGAAAAAGAAAGACAGAAACAGAGAGAAAAAGAUGCGCUUGAAAGACUUGAACGGGAGCGCAAGGAGAAGAAGGAACGCGAGGAAAAAGAAGCUGCUGCCGCCGCUGCUGCGGCUGCCGAUAAACAAAGACCGCAGAAGACUGCUGAAGCAUCACCCAAACGCCCACCCAUGCCGACGGCGACCACGGAAAAAGAAGAAGAUGCCUAUUCAUUCCGACCGUACGAUCGACCAAAACGAACACACAAAGCCAACUCGGCGGCUUCAAUGUACUCGGAGUCGUCGUAUGCUCCAUCGGAAAGUACCGCAAAGCCGACAAUUCCAGCAUCAGCACGAGGGCCUUACUCGACCAAGGAUCCGGACAAGAUCAUCAUCAAGGGGGUCUUCUCCUUCAACAAUGCAUUCAUGCGAACCCCAAUCUCGCAACUAGUGUCCGGACAAGGUAAUGUCACGGAUGGCCUCAUCCUUCGGAUUACGACCGAAGGCAUGUUCAUUGACGAUGAUGUACGAGGAGUACCGCAACGUGAGUGGGAUAUCAAGGCUUGGACGAUGAAAUUGGCAGAGGUAUGGUGUCCCAAUCUACCCCUUGGAUUUAGUGGUCCCAAACGAAAGUUUUCCAUUGGAGUUGGUGCCGCCUCGAGGCAAGAAUCUUCACCUUCACAGACCGACUCCAACGUUGUUGUCAACAAGUUGUUGAAAGUCUGCGAGGCAAGCUGCAAAUCCAUGCAGUCUUCAGCGUCCACGGCCCAAGGUUUCCGUUCUUCCUUUCCUACACCGUCAACCACGAGCGAAUUUACUGACCAAACAUCCACACAGAGCUGCGAACUCAACGGCAUGCACGUCCUCAGAGCCAGCCUCCGAGAUCAAGAAGGAAAGAAAUACGUCUUCAUACUCUCUCAAAGUGAGGGCUGGAAGGUGGCCGUUGGACUGCAACGUCUGCGGAGAGGCAGUCAGGUCCGAGCACUGGGUGUGGCGGGACUGCCACCAAACGAAACCAGAGCGAUCCUCGAGAAUCUUGGUUUUGCAUAAUCAGUCGAAUGCGUUCUGGACAUGUUUUAAUUGUCUUGCAAGUGAUACCACCGAAAAGCUUUGCACAGUAUUGAGCGAAAUAUUCAGUUUUCAGCCAUUCAAAGUUGACAGUUAGCGAGGCAUCAGCGACGGAGUUCAAGUCUUGUACAUUCAAUGAGGAUCUUGAAGUGAUUGGAUGCUACUAAGUACUUGGGAUUUGUCUGAGACCAGUUUACUAUGAUGGCACAGGGAGAGUUGAGCUCCCAAGGCGUUGAUGUACCAUAGUAACU